AUGUCCGAAAAUCACUCUAAUCAACUCUCACGAUUAUUUUAUCCUAUAAAUGAACGUGUCGGCUUGUCGAUUGGUGUUAUAUCUGGACACCAAAGCAAGCACAAGCGGAAACAUUUAGUUUUUACAAUUUCACUAACGAAACCUACGAGCAUUCAGGUCUAUCUCGUCAAGAUUACGGAUAAAAAUGAAAUUAAGAAAGUGCAAGUAUGCAACGCUAAGAAUCUGAAAAAAAUUGACUGCAGAGAUACAAAGACCAACCUAGCUAUGAAUUACAAAUCAUUACAGAAAAUAAGAUAUGGUUCAUUUUGUCGUACGCUUGCAACACUUCUACCACAUGUGAUCAAAGAUAUAGAAUUAGUCAAUUUCCCACAAGAUAUAAAUAUUUCUCCACUUAGCCAACAUGAAACAUUGGAUGCUUUGCUUAAUCCUGAAUAUAUGUCAACGGUUGGUACCGGUGGCGAUGAGGAUAAUGUUGGCGGUGAUGAAAAAUCAGUUGAUAAAGAUAAGUCGGAUGUCAAUGCACCGGUCACUGAUUCAUACCGUUCAUUGACAAAACGUGAAGAAGAUGAUAUACGACAAUUUCUAGAUGAACUUGAUGAAGAAUCAACACUCUUAAAUGCUGCUCAACUAACAGAACGUUUACAAGAACAGUUGGCUCACAUUGAAGGUACAAAUGUUCAUUCAAUUAUGUCUUCUGAAUCUCAAGUAUUAAGUCUUAUGACAACAUUGGACAGUGCUAUUGAACGAGCUGAAUUAUUAGAGAAACAAUUAAAUAUUUAUUAUAGUUUUUUAGAGGAAGUUGAAGAUGCAAUGUCUACCCUACGUGAUCAUGAUCAAUUAAUCCAAACUACAGUAGAUAAUCGCGCAAAUUUAUUAAAUGUACUUGAACAACUAGUCGAUCGGUUAGAUGUUGAUCCAAAAUACUUCCAUGUAUUAAUGAAAGGUGAUUUAAGUACAUCUGAUGGUAUUGCACGUUGUAUCGAAGCUGCUGGAUAUUUGGAUCGUUUGCUGAAUUCAGAAUUUAAAGAAGGUGAAGAACAUCUUCAAGCUGUAGAUGAACGUAUGCAAGAAUUGAGAAAUUUACGUGAUUCAUUUGCCACAAAAUUAUCAGGAUUUGUUGUUAACACAGGGAUUAGUAUGCCUUCAUCAGAUACAAUGUCAACAAUAUCAAAUAAUCAAUCUGGUAUUGGCGGUGGUGGCGGAGGAAAUAGGAAAACAUCAAUGAUGAUUACAAGUUCUUUUCGUGUUGCAUCUGAUUUAUAUGCUGUUCAAAGAACUGACUUACUUCAACUAACUCCACUAGUUGGUAACUGGUUACAAGCUAAUAGAAAAGAUUUAUAUAUUGGAAUUAAAAGGAUGUAUAUUGAAAAAUCACAAAAUUUUUUUAAACGACAAAUACAAGAAGUACUGAAGUGUACACAAGACUCCGUUGCUAAUCUUGUCCGACCUGGGAAAUCGAAAGAAAUUCAACGUUUAGAGAAUAUACCAUCAGAUGUUGGAAGUGUUAUGUCAUUACAUAAUUUAGAUUCUAAUCUUUUAACUCAAGUUGAAUCGAUCUUUGAUAGUUGUUUCGAUAAAAUUCUAACCCUAAUUCGUACAGAACAAGCAUUUUUAAAUCAAUUCUUCGGUUUUCAUUUGAAUGCAUCACAAAUUGAAAAGUCACAUAAUACCGUUAUGUAUAAAAAUUAUAAAGGCGAUGAAUUAUCUACUUUAUUCGAUUGUAUGGUUCAUUUAUUCGAUAGUGUUGAACAAGAUGUUUUAAAUUUAAUCACUCAUUGUGAACAAUUACAAGCUAUAUUGAUUAUGCCAUUGUUAAUUACAAUUUCACGUAUCACAGAAAAUGAAAUUACAUUAACAUUAUCAUCAUCAUCAUCAUUAUCAUCGCCUUCACAACAGACCACAACAACCAAUUUGGAUAAUUCUAAUUCUAGUAGUGGGAUUGGCAAUACUAGUCAACUACAAUUAGAAUCACAAGAUUCUGAUAAAAUUCCAAUGACAUAUAUUGCAAAUUUUUAUCACGACUUACUAUUGAAACAAAACGCGCUUUUAAUCGAGCGUCUAAUUAUUUCAUUUAAAACAAGCAAACCGUGUAAAAAAGUACGAUGUGGUGUAUUAUCAAUGGUUCGCACUUAUAUUGAAUUCGCUGAAUGUUCAAUGACUGUAUUUGCUAAGAGUUCACGUUUAGUUGAUCUAGAACGUGCCCAUAGAGAAUUAGUACGAUGUUUAAUGACUGAAAUUGAUCGAGUUGCAUCAAGAAGUGUGAAAACUCCCGGUGAAGUUGUCCAGUUAGAAAAUUAUCAUCGUCUUUGUGAUAUUCUUCGACGUUUAAAAAUGUCCAGCUUAGAUGAUUAUCGUCAAGAUGCUAAGAAUCGUUAUACUUUAGCUUUACAAGAAUAUACAAAAACAUGUAUGGGUCGUCCAUUGGAGAAAUUAGCAAGCUUUUUUGAAAAUGUUCAAAGUGCUUUGGAUGCUGGUGUACGAUCUGAAGUGGUUAGUUAUCAAUUUGCUUUUAGUAAACAAGAAUUACGUAAAGUUAUCAAAGAAUAUCCUGGAAAAGAGGUAAAACAUGGUCUGGAAAGUUUAUGUAAAAAAGUUGAAAAACAUUUAUCUGACGAAGAAAAUUUGUUCCCUGUUGUAUGGAGAUCAAUACAAACAGAAUUUAUUACACAAUGUUUACGUUUCAGUAAUUUAAUUCAACAAUGUUAUCCAGAUUCAGGGAUACAACUUGAAUUCACUAUAACAGAUUUACAAAAUUAUUUUACUGAAAUUGCAUGUUCACGUUGA